AUGUGGAAAUGUAAACUGAUAUUUUUACUUAGUGGAGAUGAAUAUUACAAUGAAUAAAAUUUGAAAUCUUGAUAUACCAGUAAUUAAAAUAAUUAAAAUUAAUUUAAGCUCAAGAUAAAUCACUUAUGAAAAUGAAUGCUAAAACGGUGUAAAAAGUGGCGGUUGGAGAAUCGUUUAGGGGAAUAUAAUUAAUAGACCUUUUGAGUUGAUGUCAAUAGCUUCAAGAUAUAUUAAUACUAGUAAAACAUUAAUUCGAAUAUUUAUUGAAAUAGGGAUUACAUGGAGGGAAUGAAAAUAGAUAUACUAGAGAUUGGAUAUAAAAAGAUAUUUAAGAAAAAUAUUGCAAUGUAAAAUUCAAUAAUUAAUUAUCUAAGAUGGGGAAAAUAAAAUAAUGAAGGGGAAAAACUGAUGCAUGCGAAGAAACAACAGAGUAUUGUCGCUUGUAUGAAUUUAAAAAUUCACUGCGAUUAAUAGCUAUUGAUUUAUUUUAGGUAAACAGUUAAUUUAGAUAAGAAAAAUUUUGAGCAAUUCACCACUCAUUUAGAAAAGCAUUGAAAUAGUUUACCAAUAAUAUAAAUUUCCAUAUAUUCAACCAAAAUAUGGAAAAGAUUAUAUAGUUAAUAUUGUAACACAUUAUGGUUUGUUCUUUGGUUUCUUUUUGUGA